AUGGAGAGGUGUAAGAACGGGGGCUCCGACGACGGGCACCGCGACCGCUUCGAUCACCGCUUCAUGAUGAUGCGCCACGGAAGGCGCGGAAUCGGCGGGAAAGGCCUCCAGCUCCACGGCGAGCGCAACAGCGGGACGAACUACUUCGAGAAGCUCUGCCACGCGAACACGUGCGGCGCGUGCGAAACGGGCUCCAAGCACAACAUGGCGGAGCCGCGCUCCCAUCGCUUCGGCGGGGGUUCGACGCUGCACGUCGUCAUCACGCGGAACGCCGUCGACUGGCUUUUGUCGAUGUGGCGGUACCCCGUCCACUGCGGCCACCACUGCGACCUCCCGACGUUCUACGCGUUCAUCUCGACCGAGUGGGGCCCGCCGCCCGACGGGUCCAAGUCCUGGGCCGGUCCCGGCGUCAAGCCGAGCUGCAGGGGCUUCGCGCACUACAAGCAGACGGACGGCACCUACCCGCGCGACCUCCUCGAGCACCGGAGCCGCUGGGUCCGGAGCUACCGCGCCGCCGCGGGCGCGCGCGGCCGCGAGUUGGCGGCGAGCGACUGGCUCUGGGUGCGGCACGAGGACCUGUCCGCCGACGGCGGCAUGGGCUUCGCGCCGAUUUUCCAGAAGCUCUUCGACGCGGGGCUCCUCGUGCCGAGCGCGCGGUUCCCCGAAGGGAUGCGGGGGACGACGAGCCGCUCGCAGGUCGACGCGAAGGCCAUGGCGAGCCACUCGGCCUACGUCAAGCUCACGGCGGGCAUCUGGCCCCGGUUCACGGAGGCCCAGUUCGAGCACCGCCGGGGCAUGAUCCAAAAGGAGACGUUCGAGCGGUACGGCCUCGCGCCGACGUUUGACCAAAAAGUCCUCGCGCACAUCCAGACCGCCGUCGACGCCGCGCUCGAGGCCGAGCUCGGCUACGACUACGCCUUCCCGAACCUAAAGUAG